AGUGCCUGACGCCGUCCACCCAUCUAAAUGCUCCAACAUGGAAUUUAUGAAGAGGGUCGCAUGCCAACGGUCCCUUAGUACAAGCCCUUUUUCCAUCAAAAAUAUUCUUAAUCUCGAAGAUGAAAGUAACAUGAUCGAGCCUCCGCCUCCACUCCAGCCAGCAAACGAUUGUGAAGCUGCAGCACUCUACUCGAUACCAAGUUCCGUUGUCACUACUCAUGUACCUUACAAUCCGUCGCCAUUUUUAAGCCCUUGUUCGAGUUUCGGUCUGCAACAGUACACACUUCCUUCAACAUGGAUGAACAGUGGCACAGAGAUGGGAAAUCCGCGCUGGACAACCAGCGCAGGUCUUAUGAUGACUCAAUUCCCCUCCGGUAAGUGUUUUAGUUCACUUGUGUUGAAAACGAUUCACACUUUUUUUAAGACCCGCCAUUCCCGGCCUUCCUAAUCGUGUUAAGUGUAUGUUUAACCUUAUUGCAUGAUAGGUUGACCACCUUUAAUCAUACUCUUCCUACUUUAUUUUUGUCCAUCGAAGAGUAGGCGAUCAGACUUGGAUUUUCAAAAGUCAGGUGCAGGGACUAGCUAGAUUUUAUAGAAUUUGCAGAUCUCUUCUCGGUACGUGUGAAAUGCAUUUCAUAGUCUGUAACAUAUAUACGUACUUGCACUAAAAAUAUCAAUCUUGCUGGAUGUGGAAUGUAUAUAGAAUAUAACACUUUAUGUCCCUUUUACUUCCUUUAUAAAUUCUAGUACAUGGGCAGAAGUGCAUGAUGACACUUGCUCCGCCAUUGAGGUCUUUUUUGUUGAUGUGUCAACAGCUAUAGAAAUAACAGCUUUAUUUUUUAAAAAACACAGGACGAAAAGAGAAAGAAUUCAAUCAUGUUGUCCGGCAUUUGCACUUUAAAUGAGUGUAUUAAUUGUACCUUUGGUAGCUGAUUAAAAUAAUUUAAUUUGGGACGAGGUGUUUCUCUGCCUAAGUUGCGAUCCGUGCUGCGAGCUUUACCGGCAACCGCCGUAACUUAAUUAAACGUUGGUGAGUUGAAAGCUACUUGUUUUGAAGUGAGCAGUUACUGUGUGGAUAAGAAACAUCGUGAACAGUUUGACCAAACCUUGAGCUUCCAAAUUAUGCUCAUUUAAUUUCCCUUACGGUAAAUAGAAAUUAAAUAGGGCUUCUCUUUUGGUAUAAUUAAGAGGAAAACAAAAAAAUCGCGUCUGACAGUCCAUUACUUCAAAUCAAACGCCUCAUCUGGUUGUUCAAUUUCUUGCCCUCUUUCGCAGGUAACCUUCUACACUGCACAUAUCUUCACUGUAGGAAGCGAAGAAAACUGUCGACAAAGAAGAAAAAAAGGCCGUUGUUUUCACAACACCAAGUGGAAACCAUGGAGAAACAGUUCACGAAGCAUCGAUACAUCACUGAAGACAAGCGAGCGGAACUGUCCUCAGAAUUGAGCCUAACAGAAACGCAAGUGAAGACAUGGUUCCAGAACAGACGAACUAAGUGGAGAAAAGAACUCAGAGACAAAGUAGAGACGACUGUUUCCCAAACAAGAAAGAAACUUCGGGGAACUAUGUCCGCAUCAGGAACAUAUCCAGGGUUUGAACUGCCUUUGGGAACUGCUAGUUUGCCGCAAAGAGAAGUAAAAUUAUCGACUACUUAG